UCCUCCAGUUCCUGAUCUGCUGCCUCCUGUCGGGAUCUUCUCCUCCCCCUUGCUUCAGGACCAGCACCAUGGAGAGCUCCGGGAUGCUCCUCAGGCUGAUGCUCCUCAGCCUGCUGUCAGUCCUGUGUCACAGCCAGGUGUCACAGGAAGUCUCUACCGAGGACUUUGAGAAGGAAAAGGUGGACUCAGCUGUUGACAGAGACCUGGUGGAUGCUCUUGAGGUCCUGAUGGGUCAGAUGCACAGCCAUGUUUCUUCCACUGAGAAAAGAGGCAGCAUCCGAAUGUGUGGGAUGGGGGACCGCUGUGCCAUGAAGUUUGGCCCUCGGAUCGGGAAGCUCUGUGAAUGUGGGAGAGGAGUCAAUUGUAACUCCUACCUGCUUAAAUGCAUCUGAAGAACAUUUCCUUCUUUGGACUUUCUGCGGGGCCAAACAUCCCUCAGCUUCACAGCCUGGGCUCCCAAUUACUGUCCUUAUCUGACAUCAUAUAUCUUCCUUUGUGUACCACUGUUAGUACUGCCUGAGGACAUGCAUGUGUUUUCUACUCCUGACAGUGGCCUGAAGCAUGCAGAUGUUUUCUGUCCAAUAAACUCCUCUGUCAACAUGG